CGGGAGAGAGGCGCGGAAUGGUGUGAAUCUGGGGAUCCAAACCCUCCCUGUACUGUCGUUUCUCUGAGCUCCAGAUGAAGCGGAGACUUUGCAGACAAGAGAACCUGAGGAGGGAGAGCAACAGGAGGAGCUGGCGCUCAGCUACAGAGCUUCAAGUCUUCCCAUCCAUAGGUGGCCAAGCACCAGCGUUUUAAAAGGUCUCUGUCUCAUUUUUCAUGCCUUUAGAUCCCAAGGUAUUUAUGAGCCGCCACUUCUUAUACUUCUGCAGUGAACCUACCCUGGAUGUGAAGAUUGCCUUUUGUCAGGGAUUCGGGAAACAAGUGGAUGUGUCAUAUAUUGCCAAAUAUUACAAUAUGAGUAAAAGCAAAGUUGACAACCAGUUCUACAGCGUGGAAGUGGGUGACUCAACCUUCACAGUUCUCAAACGCUACCAGAACUUGAAGCCGAUCGGCUCUGGGGCUCAGGGAAUAGUUUGUGCUGCAUAUGAUGCUGUUCUCGACAGAAAUGUGGCCAUCAAGAAGCUCAGCAGGCCGUUUCAAAAUCAAACGCACGCUAAGCGAGCUUACAGGGAGCUAGUCCUCAUGAAGUGUGUGAACCACAAAAAUAUUAUCAGUUUAUUAAAUGUCUUCACACCACAGAAAUCACUGGAGGAAUUCCAGGAUGUUUAUUUAGUAAUGGAGCUGAUGGAUGCCAACUUGUGCCAGGUGAUUCAAAUGGAGCUAGAUCAUGAGCGAAUGUCUUACCUGCUGUACCAAAUGCUUUGUGGCAUCAAGCACCUUCAUUCCGCUGGAAUCAUACACAGGGAUUUAAAACCAAGUAAUAUUGUGGUAAAAUCUGACUGCACAUUGAAGAUUCUGGAUUUUGGACUGGCCAGGACAGCGGGCACUAGCUUCAUGAUGACUCCAUAUGUGGUCACGCGUUAUUACAGAGCGCCAGAGGUCAUCUUGGGAAUGGGCUACAAGGAGAAUGUUGACAUGUGGUCAGUAGGGUGCAUCAUGGGAGAAAUGAUCAAAGGUGCUGUGUUGUUUCCAGGCACUGAUCAUAUUGACCAGUGGAAUAAGGUAAUCGAACAGCUGGGAACACCUUGCCCGGAAUUCAUGAAGAAACUCCAGCCCACAGUGCGGAACUACGUGGAAAACCGACCUAAAUACGCAGGCCUAACUUUCCCCAAACUCUUCCCAGACUCUCUCUUUCCAGCCGAUUCAGAACACAACAAACUCAAAGCUAGCCAAGCCAGGGACCUUUUGUCAAAGAUGCUAGUGAUUGACCCAGCCAAGCGGAUAUCAGUGGAUGAAGCCUUACAGCACCCGUACAUUAACGUUUGGUAUGACCCAGCAGAAGUGGAGGCGCCCCCUCCACAGAUAUAUGAUAAGCAGCUGGAUGAAAGAGAACACACCAUCGAAGAGUGGAAAGAAUUAAUCUACAAGGAAGUAAUGAAUUCUGAAGAAAAGACUAAAAACGGUGUAGUAAAAGGACAGCCUUCUCCUUCAGGUGCAGCAGUGAACAGCAGCGACAGCCUCCCUCCAUCCUCAUCUGUCAACGACAUUUCCUCCAUGUCCACGGACCAGACCCUGGCAUCGGACACUGACAGCAGUUUGGAAGCUUCUGCAGGACCCCUCGGUUGUUGCAGGUGACUAGCCGCCUGCCUGCGAAACCCGACGUUCUUCAGAAGAUGAUGUAAUUUAGGGGAGGGGAAAACAAAAGAAUCAUUGUGGUUAUAAAAAAAAGAAUUUGAUGAUGGCAAGGAAGAGAAAUUUUAAAAGAAAUCUAUCAAAGAUUAAACAAAACCCUUUCAGCCUG